AUGGAAUUUGCCAACAAUUUUACGCUGACUCGUCACACUAAGGCGGUCAAUGGAUUGGCUAUCAGCAAGCACAGAGCAUUGCUCCUCACCAGAGGCAAUGAUGGACGUGUUGUUGUUUGGAGUCUCGCAUCAGGUGAAAUGAUCCAGGAAAUAUACUCACCAGCAGCAGGAUAUAUUAGUGCCAUUACCUGGGCGGAUGUCGAUGAUCGCGGAGAAACUAUGUUCGCAUUUGGAGCGUCCGAUGGCAACAUCCAAAUUACUACCAUAGGCCAUUCGGGUGUGAUCGAGUCUCUUGCAUGGGAUCCCAAUCAUUGCAGACUAGCGAGUGCUGGUGACGGUCACCCGCAAGUUUGGAACCUCACACCAGACAAGACAUUCAUGCCAAUGGUCUCUCAGCCCGAGAAGCAGGCAUAUGUUGCGCGCACCAUUCACUUUUAUGAUAAGGGUGCUUCAUUGUUGGUGUCAUACCUGGAAAGUGGUGAUGUGUUAGUCGAUGUUCCUUGA